UGUGUUGAAGGACAUAUGGCUGCAUCUCUAUCACGCAGCAUGUAUGCCUACCGGUUUAUCCGUAUUUGAGUGUGUUCGGCAAUAUUUUUGUGGGCUUUUAUACUGGUACUGCAUGUAGUUAAGUGUUUAUUAUUUCACCAGGCUGCCGUUAUGAACAGGAGGCUGCAGUAUCGGUUGUAUUCUUUCAUUUGUUUUGGAGUAUGAGCAUAAACAAACUAUUUACUUUUUUUGGUUUUGUGUAUGCGUAUGUGUUUAAAGACAAAUAAAAUAUUUACAUGCAAAUAUAAAUCCUCUGGGAGAUCAUUCGCUCAGCUGUAGUGGAUGGUCUUGUCCGAAGGAGGGCGGAGAUGUUCGCAAGUGUGCCGCGACUUUUGUCCUUGGAGCGCAGAAUGUCACGGGGGCGCUUUCGGCGCUUUCGGCAGACCCGUCGGGAGUGAAUCAUGCUGAGCGUCCUGGUCAGAGCGUCGUCAUGUACGGGUAUGGCAAUUCCCCCUCGCCUGUUGAGGCCUGUGGCACUGGUCUACAUCUUGGAGAGGUCGACGACUCAUCAGGAGGGCUUGCCCAAGAUCCCGGUUCCGCCGCUUAAACAGACAUGCGAGCGCUACUUGGCUGCACUCGAGCCACUCAUAACCAGGGAGGAGUUGGCCCACACGCGCACGCUCAUAGCGGAGUUUCUUCAGUCUGGUGGAGUAGGCGAAAGACUACAGAAAGGUCUGGAACGAAGAGCCCGCAAAACCGAGAACUGGCUCUCUGACUGGUGGAUGCAGUCAGCCUACCUGGAUUCCCGUAUGCCCAUUCCCGUGUACACCAGCCCUGGGGUGGUAUUACCUCAAAUGCAUUUCCAAGACCGGCAGGGACAGAUGAGGUUUGCUGCCAAACUGAUUGCUGGAGUUUUGGACUUCAAAAAAAUGGUUGACAAUGAGACGUUGCCCGUUGAGUACCUUGGAGGAAAGCCGUUGUGUAUGAACCAGUAUUACCAGGUGCUGUCAUCGUGCCGCAUACCGGGCCCCAAGAAAGACAUUGUGGUGAACUAUGCAACUGGGAAGUCACCUUCAACACACAUCACUGUGGUUCACAACUUUCAGUUUUUUGUUCUGGAUGUCUACAGCAGCAAUGGCAUGCCACUUACAGUGGAUCAGAUCUACGUGCAGCUGGAGAAGAUCUGGAACUCGUCCCUGCAGACGAACAAGGAGCCCAUUGGCAUCCUCACCUCCAACCACCGCAACACCUGGGGCAAAGCCUACAACAACCUUAUCAAGGACAAGACAAAUAAGGACUCGGUGCGGACCAUCCAGAAGAGCAUCUUCCUGGUAUGUCUGGAUGCCCCAAUGCCACGGGUGUCCGAUGACCUCUAUUACAGCAAGGUGGCUGCCCAGAUGUUGCACGGUGGAGGGAGCCGUUGGAACAGUGGAAACCGUUGGUUUGAUAAAACACUCCAGUUUAUAGUGGGGGAGGAUGGAUCUUGUGGACUGACCUAUGAACACGCGCCGGCUGAGGGACCUCCCAUUGUGUUCCUAGUGGACCAUGUGGUGGAGUAUAUGAAGAAAACGGAGUUUCGGCGAGCUCCCAUGGUUCCCCUUCCCUUGCCGCAGAAACUGCGCUUCAACAUAACACCUGAAGUCAAGAAGGACAUUGAGAAAGCCAAGCAAAACAUGAACAUAAUGGUACCUGACCUCGACGUUCAAGUGUUUAACUUCUAUCACUAUGGGAAGAAAUAUCUCAAGUCCAUUAAAACAAGUCCAGAUGCCUUCAUACAAAUGGCCCUGCAGUUGGCCUACUACAGGAUGUACCAGACGUGCUGUCCAACCUAUGAGAGUGCCUCCCUGCGUAUGUUUAAACUGGGCAGGACGGAGGCCAUACGCUCAACUUCUACCGAGUCGCACCGAUUUGUACAGGCCAUGGAUGACGUGUCCAAACAGGAUACAGAGAAGCUGGCUCUAUUGCAGGAGGCCAUCAAAGCCCAUCGAGCUUACACACACAUGGCCAUCCAUGGGCAGACUGUAGACAGGCAUCUGCUGGGCCUAAGGAUGCAGGCUAUUGAAGAUCUGACUUCUCUCCCUGAGAUCUUCAUGGAUACGUCCUACGCUGUGGCCAUGCACUUCAACCUCUUCACUAGCCAAGUGGGAUCAAAGACGGAUUGCGUGAUGUGUAUCGGGCCCAUGGUGCCAGACGGCUAUGGGAUCUGCUACAACCCAAUGGGCGACCACAUCAAUUUCGCCGUGACGGCCUUCAAUAGCUGCGAAGAAACCAACGCCGCUCGGCUAUCGCGAUUCCUGAAGGAGGCGCUGCUCGAUCUGAAGUCUCUUGUGGAGCAGACGCUCAAGCCCAGCCCAACAGGACCUGAGGAGCAGCCCGAUAGGACCUGAAGAAAAGGUCAUCAGGCUUGAGGAUGGGACCUCACCUGAUGGGGGAGCCAUUUGCUGUAGCUGCAGUGUGUCGUUAUGCCCUACGUGAAUGAACAAGAACAGAUAGCUCGCCCUCAUUUCUGUUGAGAAGUUGCUAUGACUUGACUUUCAGUUUACAUACCAUUUUCAGUGUGAAUUUCUAGAGUCUAUGGCACUCUGAUCUCCUUUAUUAACGUUGCAAAGUUAUUCAUGAUGUUCCCUGUUGAUAUUAGUUCUGCUUACAUGAUGUUGCUGUUUCCUGGUUUCUGUCUGAAGGUUUGCUAUAGGGUGAUUUUCAUAUCACAAACGCAUUACUGUGAGUAUAUCUAUUGUUUGUAUUUCAGAUAAAUAUACUUGUGGUUACAGUA